GCCCAGAGAGGUUCCUUUCCUGCAGAAGUUUCCUAUUUGCAGAGAGACCACUGUAGAGUUUUCGCCCAUAAACACCUUAAACUCUGCCGCAAAUUUCAUUGAAUCGUACAAAAGUUCUAAGUCCAAAUAGAACUACUUUUGGCUGGCGUGUUUGACAUCUACCACUCUUGUCAAUUACUAAGCCCGUGACAAUGGCCUCCGUGAAGGCCUCCGAUAUUUUCCAGGACUUUUCCAGCUUCUUUGAGAAGGUAGUGCAGGACCUGACAGUGGAGGAAUGUGGACACCCAGAGAUUGGGGUUGCCAUCUCACGCUUGCGAGAGGUCCUGGAGUACAAUGCCCCUGGAGGAAAGUAUAAUCGAGGUUCCACUGUAUUGGCCUCUGUCCGGGAGCUGUUGCCACUGACCCUGCAGGAUGUGGAGACCAUAGAGAGGGCCCAGGUGGUGGGCUGGUGUAUAGAGCUGCUGUCGCAAUCCUUCCUAGUGGCUGAUGACAUUAUGGAUAAAUCUGAGACCCGUCGUGGGAAGACUUGCUGGUACAAGAAGGAGGGCAUUGGCCUUGAUGCUAUCAAUGACUCAUUCCUGCUUGAAUCAUGUGCAUAUCGACUCCUGAGGAAGCACUGCCGCAGACAGCCCUAUUACCUGAACCUGCUGGAACUGUUUCUGGAGAUCUCCUACCAGACCGAGCUGGGGCAGACACUAGAUCUAAUCUUCUCUAAGCCAGGGAAGAUGGAUCUAGCCCAGUACACAGAGACCAGGUAUAAAUCCGUUGCAAAAUACAAGACGGCUUUCUCUUGCUUCUACCUGCCCAUAGCUGCUGCCAUGUUUAUGGCUGAAAUAGACCAGGAAGAAGAUCACAGAAAUGCCAAAACAAUCCUGCUGGAAAUGGGGGAGUUAUACCAGGUGCAGAAUGACUACCAGGACUGUUAUGGAGACCCCAGCAUCAUAGGGAAGAUUGGAACUGACAUCCAGGAAAAGAAGUGUACAUGGCUGGUGGUAGAGGCACUAAAGAGGGUGACCCCUGAGCAAAGGAAAAUCCUGGAGGAGAACUAUGGCCAUGAUGAUGUGGACAAGGUGCAGAAGGUAAAGCAGCUGUAUGAGGAUCUAGGUAUGUCUGCUGUGUACAGACAAUAUGAGGAGGAGAGUUACCAGAGACUGCAGAUUCUCAUCUCCCAGCAUGCAAAUGGGCUGCCAAAGGAGAUCUUCCUGGGCCUGGCACGCAAGAUUUACAAGAGACAGAAAUAAGUGUUUGCUAACUGGAUACGCGGGCCUGAAGUUGAUUCCCGGCACACAGGAUGUAGCUCCGUGUUCUGAUCCUUCUCCCUUGCUGUACAAAUUCAAGUACAAGAACAGAGCCUGCCCUCUCUCCAUACAUACAAUGUUACCAGGGCUCCCCUUACUGCCUAGUAGUAGUAUUAGAUGUUCUCAGUGCCACCUACAGAUUGUCUCUUAUUACUUUAUUACUUUGCCCGAAUUUGUGAUAAUAUGAUGGUACCCCUUACGUGCUGUCUGAGAAUCUCUGCACCGGGGAGCUUCUAGUCCUUCAUUCUGGGGGCAUUAAUGAGCCAGAAUAAAAUAAUUGCAUUUAAAAUUGAAUGCAGGCUGAGCAUUCCUGUAAUCUAUAGUAUAUAAAUGGUCGCCUAUUAUCUGUUUGAGACUCUUCUGCAAACUUUCUUUGAACACAUUAUGCUAAUUUAUAUCCUGGUUCACAGCUGCUUACUCAAAUAGAGACUUCCUUCUGUAUGCUUAUCCGAAUGUCGUUAUCCAACUACUAACUCAUGCUGCUAAUGGAUUCACGUGAUACAUGAGAAAAAGAACUUGUCCCACUUCAAAAUCAGUAUUCUGUAAAUGUUUAUUCUUUUUGUUUUUAUUUGAGUAUUUUUUUAUUGGUUUUCAUAAUAAACGAUGUUACAUCAGAAAGGAGCAAUAUCACAGGACAUACUGUAAAAAAGGAUCAGGUACCCAACACUUGUAGAGAAAUGAUCAACCAACCAAUACACAGACAUAAUCUCAAAUAUGCAGAAGUCAGAGCAACAAAUAUAAUGAUGUAACACAAAAUAAAAAGAAACAAAAUACAUACAGAAAAGAAAUAAAUUC